AUGUCUGACGAUCGCUCGACCUCCCCCAUCUCCGUCCCCUCGUCGGAGAAUCGUCCCCGCCGGGGUUCGUUCGCGGGUCUCCCAUUCACCGACCUCUUCUCCAAGCAGAGUAACAAUCCCUCCGGCCAGCAGACAGGCAACAACACCCAAGCCAAUCAGCAGCGCCGGCUGUCCAUUACCACCCUCGGCCUGUCGGGCUCGCCCACCCAGGCCUCCACCUUCGGAAGCCGAGCCUUCCGCCGAGGCAGCCUGUCCAGCUCAUGGGGCUCAACCCAGAACAAUGAAGAUGCCGUGGCGGAGGAUGCAGAGGGGUCCUCCCCCGGUGCGACUCCUAGUUCACCCUUUGCUCGGCGAGUGUCCUUUGGGGCCCAAGCUCUACGCGAGGCACGGGCCGGAAGUAUAGGCAAUGGUAGAUACCCACCCCCUAGUUCAUCCCUGGCAGGGGCUCGGCGCACCGCGUCGACCGCGGUGGCGGGCUCCUCCAUCCCGGGUCAUAGCCCUUCUUCUUCUGCUUCUUCCCGAUCUCCCGCAUCUGCAAGUUCUUCAGCUGCCCCUCUGGAAGAGAGAUCUAACGCAUCACGCCGCCCAGGCGAAGGCUUCAAUUGGACCGAGGCGCUCCGUCACCGCGCCGAGCGUGCCCCAUCCAUCGGGGGGCCCGUCUCGCCGAAUCCUGGCCGUAACGUAGGCCACCAACGUGCCGCAUCGAUUGCCACGAUGGAGCAACCGAUUCGAGAAAUCCCUAAGCAGCCUAAGCAGAAUAAGCCCGAUUUCUUCCAGGAGAAGAUCCUGCGGGGUGACUUUAUGGAUUAA